AUGAACGUGAUACACAGAUCUAGUGUUGUGUUGGCCUUAGUGGCGCUACUAGUGCAGUUGCACAGCACCCAUGGAGACUUCGGUAUUCCACCGACCAUCUCCGGAGUGGCCGUCCUGAUGUCGUACGCGAACCAGAUUGACAACGAACUGUCCGCACUACAGCUGCAAAUGUCGGCCAUACCGAACGACAGUAUUCGGCCACAGUUCAAUGAGGCAGGGGCCGCGAUCCUAGCGGUUCUCAACCAAACAAAGGUUCUGAUACAACCGAUCGGCACCGCAAUCCAUCUACUCGCUCCGGAUGACGUCGGUCCAGCGGAAACACUUUUUGGUGCCGUCAACACUCGGAUUGAUGCGGCGCUUGCUUUCAUCAACACCACGGCGCAAACGAUGCUGGUGACGGUCGAGACGAAAGUGAGUUCCGCCGUGCGCAGUAAACUGAACUUUUUCCUCAACGCCAUCAACGUCACGCUCGGUGAUCUGAAGACGGCCCUGGCCGCACUGCGCACGGGUGUGAUCAAUGCACGGACGGCGGCAUCGGUGAGUAGCACCGGGUACACCUCAUCACUCGUUACCCAGAACGUACACCCGGCGAUGGUAUCGGCGGUCCAGUAUAAGACACUUCAGCUGAGCGGUAACAUACCGGCCGGUGCGGAAAUCGCCCGUGCUACGGCUCGUAUCCUGACCAAGGCGAACAAUUUCAUCGCCCGAACGCUGGUCGGAAUGAAUAGCUCCGCGUUACAGAUGCUGUGGGACACGGAACUGUUUGCGGACUACACGGUGGGUACGGUGCAGCUCGCCACUCUCACGACGUUCGUGGACAAUGCGAUACCGAGUGUGAAGAGUACGCUCGGGAUGUUUGCGGCCAACUAUUCGGUGGCGACGGCCAAUCUUACCACCAGCUACGACGAUGUGGAUAAUACGUACGAACAGGUGACGGCCGGUGUGGAUAGUAAUCUACUGAACGCCUACAAAACGCUCGUCUCGACCACCUUCACCUUGGUGGACGAUUUUGUGCAGCAAAUCGUACCCCCAAUCCAGACCAGCAUCAUCAACGUGACGACGGUGUUGGUUCAGCAGCUUGAUCGUGCGGAGCUUUGCUUUGCCGCGUACUAUCCACAGAUCGAUCAGUACAUCAUCACGGCCGAUGCAUCCGGUAUCGGGUGCUUGGAUGUUGAGAUCCAACGCCAGAAAAAUAUGUUGGCGAUUGUGCUGGAAACGCUUGGCCAGAUGCACUACUUCCUCGAGGAUGCUGACGAUUAUCUGCAGAUUUGUCUGCGAGUGUCGCGGUUCGAUGAAUCGUUGGGCAACGCGUGCCUGAAGGAGUUUUCCGACUAUACCAGACCGAUUGUCUGCACGACACAGAAGGAGUACGCCACCAUCUUGCAGGUGCUGUGCAAGGAGGUGGACUCGAUACGGUACCGGCUGUGGAGCUGCCUAGCCCCGACACUCGAUGAUCUGCGGCGUCUGAUAGAGAUGAUCCAUAGUGGUUUCGAAUCUUGUCGCGCCCUGGUUUGAUUAAAGUUCGUGGGGUCUGGUCUUUCGAGAAC